AUGAUUUAGGAAAUGGAAAUCAAUGUAAAUAAUUAAGUUGAAUAAGAUAGUUAGAUAAUAAAGGAUUGAAGUAUAAAAAGAAUCCAUUUAAAAGUUCAAUAGCAAGUAUUAAAGAUGUAGAAGUAUAGAAAAUAUAUAGUUAAAAAGUAAGAUAGCAGUAAAAGAAAGGAGAAAUAAUCAACAAUUCAUUAUAGAAAAUAAAAGUGUAUAUUAAAAUAAAUGAAUAAUAAAAAUAUAUAUAUAUAUGAGAAAACUUUGGAAGAUGUAAUUAAAAUAUAAAGAAGAUAUUGAGAACAUAAAAUUUAGAAAAAAAAUGAAUAAGAAAGUAUGAAAAUGGUAAUGAGAAAUGUAAAUAUAGGGGAAAAUAAAAAUUAUAUGAUAGAGAAUUAAAAAUACUCUGUCGAAGAUAUAUGAUUAUUUAGAAAGCUGAGAAUAAUACGAAUCCAGAUAAGAAACAAUUUAUGAGUGGAAAUUGAAGAGAA